AUGGAAGGAAACAGCGAAAAACCUAGACGAAAGCGUAGAGGUAGAAAACUCAAGAAAAAGCACCAAUUCAAAGCCUCAUUUCUCCAAACAACCCCUGCAGAAACUGUCCCACAAUUCGAAAGAAAAGAAACUGUCACUAAAUUCAAAGAAUUAAUUGAUUUGCAACAAAAAAACAAGGAAUAUAAAACAGAGUGGCUCGGCCUUUACACCACAAUGAAAGAAAUCCCUCUAAAGCGAUCUCUAGUCCGCGACACUCUGCCAUCUCUUCAAGCAGAAAAAUUCUCAUCUGACUCAUCUGCAUCAGCUACCAAAAAAAUUCCUGCAAUGAGGCAAACUUUUGACAGCUCCAGAAUUAAUAUGCUGCUGGUUAGUUCCCAAUCAGUUCCUUUAAUCACUAAUCGUAAUAGAAAAGAAAAAACUGAAAGGGAAAAUUCGACCCAAACUAGGCUUUCCACAAUGAGAAAAUCAGGUUCAGCUGUAUCUAAAGACUACCAUGAAGGGAAUAAUGAUUUUAGGGUUAUUAUUCCGAAAUCAAUUGAAAGGUUAGGAAAAGCGCAAAGGGCUGAAAACAAUUCGCCAAGUGAAAUGCCAUCACAGAGGCUUUUAUCGACUACUCAGUUAGAGUUUAGUCUUCCACUUCAGCAGAAAAUUGGACAAAAUUCAGAUUUUUCUGUACCGUCAAUAAAAAAUUCACCUGUGACAAAGCCGAGAAAAGCAAAUGAUGCUAUUAAGUCAGUUUCUCCAAAAGCAUUUAAUCCUGCUGUAAUUCCUGAGCUGCCAAAUCCAAAAGUUACUAUAAAUGAUAUUCUAUUUUAUAUAGAAUACCUUAAUAAAAAAACUAAUCGCUUUUGUGUUUAA